AAGGGGGCGGGGGGGGGUGAGUUUGCGAGGAAGAGAGGGGGGAGAUUGAUCGUUCGUCCUGGGCCUUUCACAUCCCAUCGGACAACCACUUCAAAUCCGCUCUUAAUGGCCGCUAUUGCAUUUGGAUUACAGGUUUGCACUCAUAGGAGAGGACGAGCCCGCAAGCAGCAUCGGCAGCAUCUGCAUUAGAAGUCGCAUCUCCAAAUAUCCCAUCCCCGACCACGUCGCGCUUCAGCCGCGGUGACACGCGGUGCACCAACGCGGACGUGCGCGCACAUUUCAGGCAGCUCUCUGCAGCGCCGGACACAGGAUCUUGGGAUGCGUGCACUGGCGUAGCAGGGGAGUGACAUAUGUCUGCAGCUCACACUCGCACACAUCAGUCCUGACACGCCGACACACCAGUUCAAGCUGAGCACUCACCAUGAACGGCGGUGUUUCCUUUGUUAUUUACACAUGAGGCAGUUUGGGCUUGUCAUGGGGUUGAGCGGAAGGAGAGAGUGACAGAGGAACAGUGAUGCUACUGUUUACAUAACAAGACAUUCACACACACACACACACACACACACACACACACACAUGAACACACUCUCGAUUUGCCAGCAUGGGAUACACACACACACACAGAGACGCAAAGGGAAUGACGCCAAGUGACUCACCACACACUCAGAGGCACUGAAUGACACACAGACAGACACACACACACACAAGAGGAAAAAGUUAUUUUCAAGGGUCAGGGUGUGUGCGCGCGAUGUGUUUAUGGGCCAAGCUGGAUGAGAAUGCCGGAUACCACUGAAGGCUCGUAAACCAUCAUAAAACGGACAUUACCCAAUAUCCCUUCGCCAUGCCGGAGCCGACGAGGAGAAGGCGAGCUUCUCGGCAAGCCUCGUCUCUCCUCAGACUCAUCUCCUCGCUGCCCGCCGUCUGUCUCCUCCACCUCAGCCUGUGCGCAACCCGCUCGUGGGCCCAGCAGACGGUGCCCAUCGUGUCCACGGCGCAAGGGCGCAUCCGUGGCAUCCUGACCCCACUGCCUUCUGACCUCCUGGGGCCUGUCAUCCAGUACCUGGGGGUGCCCUAUGCCAGGCCCCCGACCGGGGACCGGCGUUUCCAAGCGCCCGAACCGCCUUUACCGUGGCCCGGAAUCCGGAACGUGACCCAGUUUGCGCCCGUUUGCCCGCAGUCCUUGGACGAGAGGAGCAUACUGGGAGAUAUGAUGCCCUCGUGGCUCACGGCCAAUCUGGACAUAGCGGCCACCUACCUGACCCACCAGAGUGAGGAUUGUCUCUACCUCAACAUCUACGUGCCCACCGAAGAAGACAUUCACGAGGAGGGUGGGCAGAGGCCCGUGAUGGUCUACGUCCACGGCGGCUCAUACACAGAAGGCACCGGCAACAUGAUGGACGGAAGCGUGUUGGCGAGCUACGGCAACGUCAUCGUCAUCACGCUCAACUACCGCUUGGGCGUGCUCGGAUUUCUGAGCACGGGGGACCAGGCCGCCAAGGGCAACUAUGGCCUACUGGACCAGAUCCAAGCUUUGCGCUGGGUCAAGGAGAACAUCGCGGCCUUCGGAGGAGACCCGAACAGGGUGACCGUGUUUGGAUCCGGAGCCGGCGCUUCUUGCGUUAGUCUCCUCACUUUGUCUCACUACUCCGAGGAUUUGUUUCACAGGGCCAUCAUCCAGAGCGGCAGCGCUUUAGCCAGUUGGGCUGUCAACUACCAGCCCAGCAAGUACGCGCGACAGCUGGGGGAGCGGGUGGGCUGCGGCAUCGACGACAGCACCCAACUGGUGGCCUGCCUCCAGGGCCGCAGCUACAGGGAGCUCGUGGAGCAGCACGUCACGCCGGCCAAGUACCACACGGCUUUCGCGCCGGUGAUUGACGGGGAUGUGAUACCGGACGACCCGCAGAUCCUGAUGGAGCAGGGGGAGUUCCUCAACUACGACGUGAUGUUGGGGGUGAAUCAGGGCGAGGGGGUGAAGUUCGUGGAGGGCAUCGUGGACUCCGAAGACGGCGUCACGGCCGAGGACUUCGACUUUGCUGUGUCGGACUUUGUGGAUAGUCUGUAUGGAUACCCGGAGGGCCGCGACACGCUCAGAGAGAGUAUCAGGUUCAUGUACACGGACUGGGCCGACCGUGACAAUGCCGAGACCCGACGGAAGACUCUGGUGGCGCUGUUCACAGACCACCAAUGGGUGGCUCCGGCAAUCGCCACGGCGGACCUCCACGCACAGUACGGCUCACCCACCUACUUCUACUCCUUUUACCAUCACUGCCAGAGCGAAGCCACGCCCCCCUGGGCAGACUCUGCACACGGUGAUGAGGUGCCAUAUGUGUUUGGCGUGCCCAUGGUGGGUCCCACCGAUCUCUUCAACUGUAACUUCUCCAAGAAUGACGUAAUGCUUAGUGCCGUGGUGAUGACCUACUGGACCAACUUUGCCAAGACGGGGGACCCCAACCAGCCUGUUCCCCAAGACACCAAGUUCAUCCACACAAAACCGAACCGCUUUGAGGAGGUUGCCUGGUCUAAGUACACCCCGAAAGAGCAGCUCUACCUCCACAUCGGUCUGAAGCCUCGCGUCCGAGACCACUAUCGAGCGACCAAGAUCUCCUUCUGGCUCCAACUGGUUCCUCACCUACACCACGUGAACGAGCUCCUCCAGUCUGUGUCCUCUUUUACGCACAGCCCCUCUCCGCAGGACGACACUCCAUAUUCCUACACUAAGCGCCUCUCCAAGGGAUGGCCUCCGAGCAGCACCCGCCAUCCGGGAUCCCAAGGAGGUACGCAACAGCCUCCCGAGUCCGCUCUCGGACAGGGCGGCGGCGAGAACGGAGUCCACGUCGCCAGCGAGGACUAUUCGACGGAACUCUCCGUGACCAUCGCGGUGGGAGCCUCGCUGUUGUUUCUGAACAUCUUGGCGUUCGCCGCUCUGCUCUACAAGAAAGACAAGAGGCGGCUGGAGCAUCGCCGGCCGCGACCGCUCCCUCCCACGCGGCGAGAUAUCACGGCCGCCGAUGUUGCCGCUCACCUUCAGGGUGAAGGACUCAUGUCAUUACAGGUCAAGCAGCUGGAAUCUGAUGUGGCGUCAGCUGACGAGCGGAACAACACGCACCACCAUCACACCCUGGACACGCUGGACGCUCUGGACGGUUUGGACACGCAGGACAUCUACAGCACCCUGGACACGGUGCGCCUCACCUGCCCGCCCGACUACACCCUCACUCUGCGGCGCUCGCCCGACGACGUCCCCCUCAUGACCUCGCUCGCCCCGGGCUCGCUACCCGUGACGCCGGGCUCGCACCCCGUUACCCCCGCCACACCCAUGACCCCCAUGACGCCCGGGUCGGUGGUAGGGAUGAGGAUGGGCCAUCCCCACCAGGGAUACACGCACCACAGCCCGUACAGUAAUACGCACUUGCCACACACGCACAUCUCCACGCACACACACUCUACCACACGUGUAUAACCGCAGCAAGAAUCUUGCCCCCAGCGGGACAUAAUUACAACACACAUGCUUACACGCAUACACACACACACGAAACCAUAGGACACAAAUACCUCUACUAAUGACCCUGCAGGAUUGUUGCAGAUGGAGAGACACAGCAGUAGAAGGAAACAACAGCUGUGUGGCAGCAGAUGAAGAAGUGGAGAUGCAUUUCUACGGAGGAAAGCUUUGGAUAUGCCAUGUUUGUUCGAGGUGGCGCUCAAGCAAUGACUAGCAGGUCGGUGGUGGACCAGCUUUUAUCUGGCGCAUCUUCGGAUAUGGCGAUGAGCAAGAGUAGUCAAUUGGGGACUCAAUUUUAACUUGUGUAGAAGAAGGGGGCGCUCGAGUAACAGCGGUCAGUGCUGGAGCAAAUUGUAUGUGGCGCAGCUUUGGAUAUGACGCCGCCUCCUUGCUCUUGGCUGCGCUUGAGCAAGUAGCGGUUAGCUGUGGACCAACUUAUACCUCUCUGACUGGAAGUGUCGGACUUAAGUUGAACAGUUACAUGAUUGAUCACGCAGAAAGAACGGGGGCGAGACAGAAAGGGACUUUGGCUGUCCACCUGAACAACCUGUGAAAUGUGAAUGUAGCAUUUCUUUUUCUGUUUUUCAACAAAAAGAGAUUUGUCCCGGAACAAGUUGAGCUAAUGAAGGAGAGCAGGAGGGACUACAUAUUAAAAAGAAAACAACCUUAGCUGAAGGAAAAGUAAAGAGAUUCAAACUUGACCGAGAGCGGUAUAUCGUACCAGCUCUCCGAGAUGUUCCACUCGAGCAUCACUCCAACCAGCUAUGUGUUCAACUACUGUAAAUAGAAGGGAGAGAUGAUAGCUUAUGAUUUAGAGCAUUUACCUCGAUCUUGCAUUGACUUAUUUAACCACAUUAUUGCUUUCAUUUCUGAUAUUACUCUAUUGUUGUAUAGAUGUCCUGAAGCAAGGUUGGUUGUAUGUCUCGCUCGCUCACCUACUUUAAUAUUUAAAAGGCUUUCUUUUGCUAUUUGUCAUCAUUUCAACCAGUCUCCACUGUCAUCGUCUCGGUCUACUUUUUUCGUCGUCAGAAAUUCUCGGACAGCGUCCUGGCUAAUUGAUCACCAGGGUGAUGAGAUCGUAUUGUGUAGAUAAUGCAAAAUUGCUAUGAGUGAGCACCAGGCAACCCGCCAUUCAGAACGUUUGCCCUCCUUCCCCUUCGUCUGGCCCUAAAUUCCUAAAAGGGUCCAAUUCGGUUCGUUAUUUUGAAGGCUGCUUGUUUUGAUUUGUUUGUUUGUUUGUUUGUUUGAUUCAUAGGUUAUUGGGGAAGAAAAAAACUGAGCAAUUUAAGAUUCUACCUCCAUUGUUCACAAUGACCAGAAAAUACAAUAAUUACAAAAAAAAACCCCAUGAGAAGUGUUGUACGUAAUUUUAUUGCUUGAAAUUAAUAUUUUAUUUUUCAACCAUUGUACUCAUUGUAAUUUUUUUGUCGUCGUAGUUUUUUUUUCACCAACAAUGGCUUAAAACCAUCGCCAUAAACUCAACAAAAUAUAAUUGCAUCCUGAUAAGAAAAAAAUCAAAGCAAAAGAAUGAAAAGGAUCCUGCCAUUUGACGAAUUAGUCACUUUCAGUUCUUGGUUCAAUUUUUAUUCUUGAUCAUUACGUGGCCCUAUACAGGGCAAGGAACCGGAACCGGAUGAUUUCUGGCCAAUUCGAAAAAAAAAACAGUUGCCAAAGUAUAAUUACAUUUAAUGGUAGAAAUGUAAAACAACUAUAUUUAAUAUCAUGUUCAUGAAAAAAAAGUUUUCUAAUGUCUUGCAAUAAUUUCCUGGGAUUUGAAUGUUGAAUUUAUAAAUCUUUGAACUAGUGCUCUAAUAAAGGGUUCAAUUACUUUCACUUUUAUUCUCGCAUAAGAAAAAAAAAAGAAAUAAUCCAUUAAUCAUUUGUUUUUUUGUGUUUGCCUUGCUACACUAACCUCAUGCCGCCUAUUGCUUUUAUUUUUAUUUUUUUUAGCAUUUGAAACAACCAUUGCAAGGGUCGUUGACAUUAAAAAUAAUAAUUUUGGAAUGAAGUUGCCAUUCUUCUAGUCAAGCUUCAGCUUCUUGUGUAAAUCAUGACGAGUUUUACUUUGGACAGAUUUUUGAGGUUAUCCAGCUGGCUUCACACAGUUUAAGGGCUCUUUUGUCAGUUACGUUUCGAAUAAAUAUAUACAAGUCCAUUCAUAUGAACUAGUCAUGUCGCAGAAGUGAUGCCGCUCUCACAGCUGCCACAAAAAUUGACAAAGGCCCGGUCCUGUUGCUGUUGCAAAUCAAGAAGUUGCAUUUUUACUUGAGUAACCCUUUUGCAACGGUCUCAACGUCACUGUUGCGUUUUCUGUUCCCUCACUCAAAUGUUCAUUCUCCAAAACCAUGCUACUUUGCCACACUAUUUAAUCCAAUAUACAUAAGAGAUUUUAGUUGAUGUCAGCCAAACACCUGGAAAAAAAUGUAAAAUUUUGGAUGGUAAAUAAGAGGUUUUGCAAAAAAAUAUAUAUUCCACUGAAGCAACAGUGGAACAGGUUGAUUAAGGCAUUUUCUUUUUCAUGUUGACUCGUUGGAUGGUGCGAUUGUGUGAAAGCAUAAAAACAUUUCUGCUGCAAUUUUGAAAAAUAAAAAUACUGUAUCGAUAUUUUACAAUUUAGGAGCUA